AUGGCUGGUGUACCUACAGGUAGAGGCUGCGACUCGUGUCGUAAGCAGAAAAAGAAGUGCGACCAAGCCAAACCCGCCUGCGCACGAUGCGCUCGUCUGAAGAUCCCAUGCACCGGAAGUGGCGUCAAGAGAUUCGUGUUCAAGUCAGAAAACUCACAAGCAUCCGGCAAACGAUCAAGAGCUCUAGUAGCUACAAUCACUAAUCCGCAACCUUCGGCCGGUCCUAGGAAUGAAAAGACGUUGAUAGCAAGCAAUCUGGUGCAUAUAAUCGAGUUGAGCAACCCAGCAUACGACAUCUCCACUUAUGGCUGGUUUGUAAAAGACCUUCCUCGUCAUAUCGGCUCGAGUCAGUCACUAGAUGCGGCCAUAGGUGCCUUCGUUGCAGGGUUCAGUACGCUGCAGAAUAAAACCACGUCCAAGGUUGAUGCGUUUCAUCGUUAUGGAAAUGCGGUAACGGCUUUACGGGAGUCUAUUCACAGUUCUGUGGGAACGAAUCUGGCGGAUAGGAUGUGCUCUAUCUAUCUGAUCGCAAUUUGCCAGGAAUGGUUGGGGAAUACUGGUAUCGAUCAAUCAAAGCACUACGAAAUGCUUGGCCACUUGCUCCAGAAUGCUGUUCAAAAUGGCAGCCUUGAUCCCACAGAUCGUGGCCUGAUGCAGACGAUGCUCGGUGUUGUGGUCCUUGAGAGCUUCACCAACCGUAACGUCAACCUUGGCCCAUGGCUAUGGAAAGCCGUUUCUAUUUUAGGAGAAUCCGUACGGCCCCUCAAAUCAGGAGACGGCAUGUCCUUCGCAUUACUAGAUUUAGGGACCAUGGGCGAAGUGUCCUGCUAUAUCCGUGAUCCCGAUAGGUACAUCUACCAAAUACGCUGUACCUAUUCUCUCAUGCAGCUAGAACAUCCAAGGCUUGUUCAUGCUAUGGAAGAAGCCAUCGCGGCGGGUAAACAGUCCGGAUCCACCUCACUUCAGAGAAGAUCAGCUAUUCGGUUCCAUACAGCAAAUGCGGUUAUGCUUACUAUGGCUUGCAUACUGAACCGCAUUCUACGCUCCUUCGACGAUGAUCCUGCUCUCAUACUAGAGGCGGAGGGGUUUGUGGAUCAGAUCAUCGUCCUGGGUGAGGAAGCGAGCUUUAAUCGACCGAUAGCUGCGUCUGCUGUGUCAUCGCCCCUUGCAGUUGCCCUGGCUUCUGUCGAGCAUUAUAGAUACGUCGAGGUAGAGACGCUACUACUGGAAUAUGAAAGUGACUUUCUCGGUUUACAAUAUUUUGACUCUAUCGAAAUGAUCAAGAAGGGUUUCGAGCAUAUUGACAGGAAUCAUCGAAGGGAUGGCCAAUUGUUAUUGCAAAGUGCAGCGGGUUUGGAAGUAGACUUUCACAGUAUUGAUCAUACGAACGUCUCUGAUAUCCCGGACACAGGGGACAGUAAUAGCACAAAUACUCCAUUAGAUUCUGAACCUGGGUGUAUUAUACUAUAG